GCCCAGAGAACUCGGCCCGCCUUGCCCCAGGGCAAACCCCCGUUAAAUGGCCUGUGACUCUCGCGCUGCAGAUCCAGGGCAGAGGGGAAAUCAGCAGCUGCCUUUGCAAGGGUCCCUGUCCCAGCCACCUGGAUUUACCCUGACGGUGCCUCAGCAGGUGUCGGUGCAGGAGGGUCUCUGCGUUGUCGUCCCCUGCACAUUCACGUACCCAGCCUCGUACGACACCGACAAUCCCUCGGCCCAGCUCUAUGGAAACUGGUACAAGGAGCCUGCUACUGUGGGCCAGGAUCCUCCCGUGGCCAGCAGUGUCUCCAGCCUGAGGGUGUCGCAGGAGACCCAGGGCCGGUUCCGGCUGACGGGGGAUCCAGCGCAUGGUGACUGCUCCCUGCAAAUCAGUGAUGCCCGACGGACGGAUGCGGGGAGAUAUUUCUUUAGCUUCGAGAAAGGCCUGUUAGAACACACUUACCGCUCCAAUUCCGAUGGCGCUGACCCUGCGUUCACGAUCUCUGUGCCAGGGCUGACGGAGGAGCCAGAGAUCCAGAUCUCACCGGCGCGGGGGCUGCCAGGGACGCUGCUGGCCGGGGAGCCGGUGACUGUGACCUGCACGGCCCCUGGGCGCUGCUCCGGGCCCCCUCCCCGAGUCACCUGGACGGGGCCGUUCAGCGACACAGCCCGGGACGUCUCAGCCCAGCUGGCGAACGGCACCUGGGCCCACAGCUCCGCGCUCAGCUUCACGCCCGGCCCGGGGGACCACGGCAAAGAGCUCGUCUGCAGCGUCACCUACAGGCCACCACAGGGACCUUCCACCCGCAGAAUCGUCCGGCUCCACGUCGGCUGGUCCCUGUCCCAGCCACCUGGAUUUACCCUGAAGGUGCCGCAGUCGGUGUCCGUGCAGGAGGGUCUCUCUGUUCUCGUCCCCUGCACCUUUACGUACCCAGCCUGGUAUGACACCUACAGUCCCUCAGCCCAGCUCUACAGAUACUGGUACAAGGAUCCAGCCGAUGUGGGCUAUGAUCUGCCUGCAGCCAGCAGUGACUCCAGCCAGGGGGUGUCACAGGAGACCCAGGGCCGGUUCCGGCUGUCGAAGAAUCCAGCGCACGGCGACUGCUCCCUGCAAAUCAGCGACGCCCGACAGACGGAUGUGGGGAGAUAUUUCCUUAGAGUCGAGAAAGGAAUAUUGAAAUACAGUUACCGCUCCAGUACCGAUGGCACUGACCUUAUGCUCAUGAUCUCGGUGCCACGUAAGAGCAGCCGCAGUCAUCACUUAUCAGCCCCACUGAUAAGCUCCAGGGGGCGCCAUGGCAGACAGAGGGUUCUCACUCUAGAGAGGACUCUGCAAAUCACCGUCUCCAGAGCUAACAGGAGCGACUCCCAGCUAUUCCAAGAUCCCGGCACCCUGGUGGCGAAUGGCUCACAGCUCUCGGCCCGGGAGGGCGACUCCCUGCGGCUCCUCUGCUCCGUCGCCAGCAGCCCCCCCACUGCUCUGAGCUGGGUGAGGGGGGGCCGAGCCAUCGAGGGUUCCCGCUCCGCGGGGAAGAAUCAGCUGCGGCUGGAGCUGCCCAACGUGACGGCCGAGGAUGGGGGGCUGUAUGGGUGCUGGGCCCGGAACAAGGAGAGCUCUGCACAGGGGAUGUUCCUGCUGCUCAUUGAGUACAGCCCCCGGCUGGGGACUGGGCUGAACUCGUCCUGCCAGCGCCAGGGGCCCAGCGUCAUCUGCAGCUGCUCCCUGCGCUCCCACCCCCCACCCCGGGUCCAGUGGCAGGUGGAUGGGGAGCCCCUGGCUGGGAACGGCUCACGGGGGACCCUGCAGGUCAGCUCCUGGGCCCGGGGGGACGAGGCCAUCAGCACCCUGAGCUGGACGGGAAGCGGGGAAGGGGGCCCCCGGAUCUUCUGCCUCGGCUCCAACCCCCACGGGAGCUACGCUGCCCUGCAUUUUGACUUCAGCCCCUCACAGAGAGGUGCAGAGGAGCCUGGCAGGUGCGGAGGAGUGCUGGGCGUCGGGGUGGCCUGUGGGCUGGGGGUCGCCAUCGGCUUCUUCCUUCUCGGGCUCUGUGUGAUCAAGCUGCGGGGCCGGGAGCCGGCGCCCCCCAGUGCUGAGGCCAGGGAGUUGGAUAACCGGAGCCAGGCCGAGCACAUGGCCGACGACGCCAGCCUGAUCUACAGUAACAUCCCCACCAUCCCCAUGCAUCACAAGACUCCAGCCGCCUGCCGGACGAAAGGCAUCCAGGACGGGCCUGCAGCAACAAAGGCCCCGCUAGGCCCCAGGGAGCCGGAAGAGCUGCAUUACGCCUCCAUCAAUGUCUCCAAGCCGCAGCGCACAGCGGGGGAGCCUCCGGAGGCCCCCACCACAGAAUAUUCUGAGGUCUGGCGGAAAUUCACAAACCCUGGGGAACCCGGGCUGCAGGGUCUGAGAGCCGGGUGCUGUGCCCCCCUCUGCAGGUCUAGGGGUUUGUACCAGCCGGAUGCCCCAGCCAUGGGCAGAGUCCCGAUGCCACAGCAGGACGCUGGGGAAAGGGAGCUCCCACCUCAGGGCCCCCACUGGAGAGCAGGGGGUCCUGCCACGCUGAGGGUCCUGAUCCUCGCCCUGCUCUGGAGGGGGUCCCUGGCCCAACAGCCCAGAUUUACCCUGACGGUGCCGCAGUCGGUGUCGGUGCAGGAGGGUCUCUGCGUUCUUGUCCCCUGCACCUUCACGUACCCAGCCUCGUAUGACACUAAGAAUUCCCCAGCCCGGCUCCACAGAUACUGGUACAAGGAUCAGGCCCAGAAUCUGCCUGUGGCCAGCAGUGACCCCAGCUGGGGGGUGUCACAGGAGACCCAGGGCCGGUUCCAGCUGGUGGAGAAUCCAGCGCGCGGCGACUGCUCCCUGCAAAUCAGCGACAUCCGACGGACGGAUGCGGGGAGAUAUUUCCUUAGAGUCGAGGGAGUCUUUAGCAUCAAUUAUCGCUCCAGUACCACAAUCUCUGUGACAGGGCUGACGGAGGAGCCAGAGAUCCAGAUCUCGCCGGCGCGGGGGCUGCCAGAGAUGCUGGUGGCCGGGGAGCCGGUGACUGUGACCUGCACGGCCCCUGGGCGCUGCUCCGGGCCCCCUCCCCGAGUCACCUGGACGGGGCCGUUCAGCGACACAGCCCGGGACGUCUCAGCCCAGCUGUCGAACGGCACCUGGGCCCGCAGCUCCACGCUCAGCUUCACGCCCGGUCUGGGGGACCAUGGCAAAGAGCUCGUCUGCAACGUCACCUACAGGCCACCACGGGGACCUUCCACCCGCAGAACCAUCCGGCUUCACGUCGUCUACCCGCCCGGGCCCCCCAACAUCACCGGGACCCUGACCAGGAAUGGACGCCCUGUGCCAGAUGCGUGGGGAGCUGAGGGCGACGUCGUGUCUCUGGAGACCCAGGGGGGUGACUCCCUGAGCCUGAGCUGUGAGGCUGGGAGCAGAGCCAAGGCCACCCUGAGCUGGGCCAAGGGGAACAACUCCCUGAGCCCCAGCCAGGGAGAUGCCGGACGCCUGGAGCUGCCGAAUCUCAACCCAGGGGACGCUGGGGAGUAUCGGUGCUGGGCGAAGAAUCCCUUUGGGUCGGCCAGCCGGGCCCUGCGUGUGCACAUGCAGAAUCCCAGCACCCUGGUGGUGAACGGGUCACAGCUCUCGGCCUGGGAGGGCGACUCCCUGCGGUUCCUCUGCUCCGUCGCCAGCAGCCCCCCCGCUGCACUGGGCUGGAAUCAGCUGCGGCUGGAGCUGCCCAACGUGACGGCCGAGGACGGGGGGCUGUACGGGUGCUGGGCCCGGAACAAGGAGAGCUCUGCCCAGGGGAUGUUCCAGCUGCUCGUUGAGUACCCACCCGGGCCCCCCAGCAUCACUGGGACCCUGACCAGGAACGGACGCCCCGUGCCAGAUGCGUGGAGAGCUGAGAGCGACGUCGUGUCUCUGGAGACCCAGGAGGGCGACUCCCUGAGCCUGAGCUGUGAGGCUGGGAGCAGAGCCGAGGCCACCCUGAACUGGGCCAAGGGGAACGAGUCCCUGAGCCCCAACCAGGGAGGGGCCGGGCACCUGGAGCUGCCGAAUCUCAGCCCAGGGGACGCUGGGGAGUAUCGGUGCUGGGCGAAGAAUCCCUUUGGGUCGGCCAGCCGGGCCCUGAGUGUGCACGUGCAGUAUCCCGGCACGCUGGUGGCGAACGGGUCACAGCUCUCGGCCCGGGAGGGCGACUCCCUGCGGUUCCUCUGCUCUGUCGCCAGCAGCCCCCCCGCUGCACUGGGCUGGGUGAGGGGGGGCCGAGCCCUCGAGGGUUCCCGCCCCAUGGGGGAGAAUCAGCUGCGGCUGGAGCUGCCCAACGUGAAGGCCGAGGCUGGGGGGCUCUACGGGUGCUGGGCCCAGAACAACGAGAGCUCUGCCCAGGGGAUGUUCCAGCUGCUUGUCGAGUCCCCCAGGCCGGGGACCAAGCUGAACUCGUCCUGGCAGCACCAGGGGCCAAACCUCAGCUGCAGCUGCUCCCUGUGCUCCCACACGCUACCCAAGCUCCAGUGGCAGGUGGAUGGGGAGCCCCUGGCUGGGAACAGCUUAUGUGGGGCCCUGCAGGUCAACUCAGGGUCCCAGGGAGAUGAGGCCGUCAGCAUGCUGAGCGGGAUGGGGAGCGGGGAAGGGGACCACCAGAACUUUUGCCUCGGCUCCAACCCCCACGGGUUCCGUAUUCUACUGCUCAGCCCACCGGGAACAACUCCCAGAGAUGGCCUCACUCGGGCAUUUAUCGAAAUCAGCUGCAAACUCGUCUUCGCGGCGACUGGAUACUUCCUGGCCUAUUACCUCACCCUGCUCUAUUACAGACGCUCGCACCCACUUCCUGCCAGGCAGGUCUCUUCAAGCACCCGGUUCUUCCCAUUGGAGUUGGGAUUCACUAGCCAUCCUAACCAGGCAUCUGCUAUUCCAGUGUGCUGUUCCGAGCCGCCCCGCUCCAGAGACGAACGCAUCUCAGCUCUGGGUGAGCAACCCCUGGGCAGUGUCGCUGUGUGGCUGUUCCCCAGCUGCCCCACCCUGGACGCGGCUGCAUCUCAGCUUAAGGCUCCAAGUCGGGAACCCGGGCUGCAGGGUCGGAGAGCCAGGCGCCGGACCCGCUUCUGCAGGUCUAGGGGUCUGUCCCAGCCGGAUGCUCCAGCCAUGGGCAGAGCCCCGCUGCCACUGCGGGACACCGGGGAAUGGGAGCUCUCGGCUCAGGGUCCCCCAUGGAGACGAGGGGGUCCUGCCCCCCCUGCAGCCACACUGAGGGUCCUGAUCCUUACCUUGCUCUGGAGGGGGUCCCUGUCCCAGCUGCCUGGAUUCACCCUGAUGGUGCCACAGUCGGUGUCAGUGCAGGAGGGUCUCUGUGUUCUCGUCCCCUGCACCUUCACGUACCCAGUCUCAUUUGACACUGAAAAUCCUCAGACCCAGCUCUACGGAGAGUGGUACAAGGGUCAGGCCAUUGUGGGCCAGCAUCUCCUUGUGGCCAGCAGUGACCCCAGCCAGAGGGUGUCACAGGAGACCCAGGACCGGUUCUGGCUGGCAGGGGAUCUGCUAAGUGGUGACUGCUCCCUGCAAAUCAGCGACGCCCAGAGGACGGAUGCGGGGAGAUAUUCCCUUAGAAUCGAGAAAGGAAAAUUGAAAUACAGUUACCUUUCCAAUAACGAUCACACUCACCCUACGCUCACAAUCUCAGUACCAGGGCUGACGGAGGAGCCAGAGAUCCAGAUCUCGCCGGCGCGGGGGCUGCCAGGGACACUGCUGGCCGGGGAGCCAGUGACUGUGACCUGCACGGCCCCUGGGCGCUGCUCCGGGCCCCCUCCCCGAGUCACCUGGAUGGGGCCAUUCAGUGACACAGCCCGGGAUGUCUCAGCCCAGCUGGCGAAUGGCACCUGGGCCCACAGCUCCGUGCUCAGCUUCACGCCAGGCCCGGGGGACCACAGCAAAGAGCUCGUCUGCAGCGUCACCUACAAGCCACCACGGGGACCUUCCACCAACAGAACCAUCCAGCUCCAUGUCAUCUACAGCUCCUGGCUGAACGCGUCCUGCCAGCGCCAGGGGCCCAUCAUCAGCUGCAGCUGCUCCCUGCGCUCCCACCCCCCGCCCCAGCUCCAGUGGCAGGUGGACGGGAUGCCCCUGACGGGGAACAGCUCGCAGGGGGCCCUGCAGGUCAGCUCGUGGGCCAAGGGGGACGAGGCCGUCAGCACCCUGAGCUGGACCAGGAAUGGAGACAGGAGCCCUCAGAUCUUCUGCCUUGGCUCCAGCACUGGCAGGAUGUUCGCUGUCCUGCUGAGCCCACCGGAAACAGGUGGCCUCACUCGGGCAUUUAUCGAAAUCAGCUGCAAACUCAUCUUCGUGGCUUCUGGAUUCUUCCUGGCCUAUUAUCUCACCCUGCUCUAUUACAGACGGACACCCUGUCAUUCCUCAGCCACCGAAGAGCCAACAAGGAAUUGUAAUCUCAGAGGACUGAGGAAAUGAAGAAUGAGACCUCAGCUGGGGGCAGUGCUGCCCCGGGUGAGGACAACUGGACAGUUUAGCCCAGUACCUCGCCCCCUCCCUACCCCUCCAGCUCAGACCCAUGGGCCUGGGCAGCACGUGGGCUGCCUGUAAUAUUGAUAUGACCAGCAGAUGAUCUGUUUGUUGCCCUGAUGGUUAUGACCAGGGCCGGCCUUAGGGAAAAUGGCACCCUGAGCGAACUUGUAUUAUGGUGCCCCCCCCAUCAUUCCUGGCCCCCACAGGCCCCCUGGGUUCCCCCCCCCAUCACCUCUGGGCCCCGUUGCCUCCCACAGUGUUUAAUUUGUAUUGAAAGAGAUGCCACAGCUCAGCUGUGACUCAAAUUAAGCCCUGGCAGGGCGGCCGUAUACUGGCGGGGGCUGGACGGGCACCCAGCUCUGAAGGCAGUGCCACCGCCAGCAGCAGCGCAGAAGUCAGGGGGGCCUGGCACAUGGGGUGUUGCCACCCUCCUGUGCUGCUGCUGGGGCUUGUGGUGCCUGGUGCUCGGCAUGUGGCUCCAGGCUUCGCGCUGUCACAUGUGGGCUGCAUCUCGCCAGAGCCCACGGCCUCCCGCAGCCCCCUGGCCACUCCUGGCUCACCCGGGGGGGCACCAGUUCAGACUUGGGGCAGGGGGAGGAAAGUUUAACUAUGAUUCCAGGGACUACUUAGGCACCUGAAAACGCUCAGGGCUUUGCAGAUAACUUAGGGAUUCGCUGACAGGAGCACUGUAUCUAAUUGUUAUAUAGAGAAAGAAAAAAUGUAUACAAAUGCCAGUUAAAGCCACGUUUAAAGCUUAUAUGUAAAUUUAGAACAAUCAGGAGCUAAAACAGCAAGAUAUUCCCAAUCCCAAGCCUUGAGGUAUCAGUUCUGGGGCUUUAACACAGAUAUCAGAAACACACGUAUGAGACUUCACACACAAUCUUUAGUAGAGAUAAAUAAAAUCUGCUUCCACAGACACACUGUGUUACUGCCAUUGUCUCCUCUAUUUUAGUCAAUUGUUUUUAACUUAAUUUCAACGUAUAAGAUUAAGGUUUUUUUCCUCUUUUAUUAAGAAAGAGAAUUAAUAUUUCUAAUUCUUUUGGCAUUUGUGUUUACCGACCACAAUCCUGUAUUUGUAUGUGGGUCACUAAUAUUUGACUCCAUCAUUGCCAUUGGUCUCACAGUUGGAACUGCAGAAAUUUUCAUGCAAAUGUUAAGUUAAUUUACGGAUAUAACUAAAAAUACAAUUUGAAAAUAAGUUACUUUCAUCUGCGCAGUGUCUAUAGUUCUGUGUUUAGUUAAUGUUUUUUAAGCUGGAAUUACUAAAGUGAGUACAAGCUAAAGUUCCAUUCUAGGAGGAUGCUAUUAUUUGAUCGUACCACUUUACAUAACAAAUGAUAAAGCACAAUAUGAUACUAACAGUAAUAAUGCUAAUUACUCCAGCCAGGACAGGUUAGGCAGUUUAGAACUUACUACUCAAAAAUUCAGUGUAAGCAUAAGUGAAAAAUAAAAUUAUGAAAUGCAGAGACCAAUCAAAAAACUCAAAUAACAGCACUUUGAGAUAAUA